AUGACAGAGCGGUUUGAUGUUGUUAUUGUCGGAGCAGGCAUUUCGACGGGAAUCAAUGCCGUCUAUCGCCUCCAGGCUGCGCUCCCGGACUUGUCAUACACCAUACUCGAGGCUGUGACUCACUGGGAGGGAGGGACCUCUCCUGAAAAUUGGUCUAGAUGGGGACGAAACAAGCAGUAA